GUGAUUCGUGGCAUGAGCGAUAGUCAGACAUGAUCAAGCUUAAGUUUCCUACGCUCUUCCACACCACUGUCCCGAUUGUCAGUUCUAGCAGGCCUUCCCUCAACCUAUGCACACGUCCAUGUCAGCGUCCCAGUGGGGUUCCCCCACCGCUUCCAAGCGAGCCCUUCUCAUUCAUGGAAUGACUAUGUCCUCGCAUUCAUGGGAGGGCCUCGCUCAGAUAUUGGCAGCAGAAGGGUACUUCGUCGUAGCACCGAAUCUCCUUGGGCACGCAUGGAGACGGAGCACUGACUAUCGUAUAUCCACCCUUGCAGAGGACCUGCGACCGUAUUUCGUCACGGACACGUCCUACGACGUAAUUAUAGGUCAUUCUCUUGCGGGCCCAGUGACCUUGUCACUCUUGCCGUUCCUGCCCAAAACGAAAGAGACCACCGUCAUACUCCUCGAUCCUGUCCUCGAAAUUGCAGAGGAGAGAAUCGAAAUGCAUACCAAUAGGUUUCUGAAGGAGAUUGCGAAUGUCAGAACCGCGGACGAGCACAUGGCUGAGAAUCAUGCUUGGUCACGACGUGACUGCGUGUUGAGAGCGCUGGGAGUUUCCAUGUGUGAUCGCACUGUUGUCGAGGGAAUAUAUGGGCAUAACAGGCCAUGGUCUUUCAGCGGGUUGCUCAAAAACAUCCCCCCUAACGUGAAGAUCACCGUGCUGGCAUCAGACCCAACGCUUAAUGCUAGGUGUUAUUUGGAGCAUAUCCCUCGUGACGUGGAGAGAUUGAAUGCUAGAGUUCUUACCGGCAUCGGUCACUGGAUUCAAUACGAGCAUCCGGAUGCUAUUAUGGAUGUAGUUCCGCUACCAAGAGCAAAGUUGUGAGUUGAGCGAAGAGAUGGGUUUUUGCGGUGGUGUCUGUGUAUAACUGUCACAUCCUCGUUAUUGAUCUUUCUCUCAGACUGUGUUACAAGUUGAGUUAACUAGUUUCACAGCAAUUGUACGAAAA